AACACUUUCAUACUUAAGUUUUUUCCCUCCUCUCUUCUUCCCCUCACAUGGACACCAAAGCCCAACUGUGUUUUGCUAAAGCUAUAUCUUCCUUUGCUCUUAUUUUCCUUUCAUUAAUCAAUUACACAGAAGCAGAUACCUUCAACAACAGGAACAGCCAUAUCUACCAUAAUUCUUCUGAUAAAUCAACAGAGAGCAAGGCUAACUGCAACUUCUUUUAUGGAAGCUGGGUGUUUGAUUCUUCCUAUCCUCUAUAUGAUUCCUCUACUUGUCCCUUCAUCGACAACGAGUUCAACUGUGAAAAGUAUGGCAGACCAGAUAAGCUCUUCCUCGAGUAUGGAUGGAAGCCAGAAACUUGCGAGCUCCCAAGAUUUGAUGGGAAAGAUUUCUUAUGGAGAUGGAGGGGGAAGAAGAUUAUGUUUGUUGGAGACUCACUUAGCUUGAAUCAGUGGGAAUCUUUGCUCUGUAUGAUCCACUCAGCUGUUCCUAAUGCCAGGACUUCACUGUCAAGAGGAGGGGGUUCCCUCUCCUCUGUUAGGUUUGAGGACUACGGGUUAUCAAUCAUGCUCUACAGAUCAACAUACCUUGUUGACAUUGUAAGGGAGAGCAUCGGACGAGUGCUGAAGCUCGACUCCAUACAGGAAGGUCAGGCAUGGCUUGGUACUGAUCUUCUCAUCUUUAACUCUUGGCAUUGGUGGACUCACACUGGAAGCAGCCAGCCAUGGGAUUAUGUACAGUAUAAGAAUAAUAUAUACAAGGAUAUGAACAGGUUGGAAGCUUUCUAUAAGGGGAUGGCAACCUGGGCAGAAUGGGUAGAUUCUAAUGUAAACCCAGUGAAGACGAAGGUUUUCUUCCUGGGCAUCUCUCCCACGCAUUACCACUCGAUUGUAGUUAUUUAUACUGCACAUGCUUGGAAUAAAUCAAAGGCCCGAUCAAAUGCAAAUAGCUGUUACAAGGAAACACAGCCUAUAGGAGGAUCGAGAUACCCAGGUGGCUCAGUCCCUGCUUUGAACGUUGUGAAGAAAGUGCUGAGCGCAAUGUCAAAACCUGUUUAUCUACUUGACAUAACUCUUCUAUCUCAAUUAAGAAAGGAUGCUCAUCCUUCUAAAUACGGCGGAGAGCACUCAGGAGUAGAUUGCAGCCACUGGUGCCUCCCGGGUCUCCCUGAUACAUGGAAUCAGAUUCUGAAUGCAGCUCUUCUUUGACAGAAAAGAAGAGAGGAGUUCAAUGGUUUUCUGGUUCCAGUAUUCUUUCUGCAUUCUGGAUUCAUUUAUAGAUGUGAAUUGGAAGGUGUGAUAAUCAAAGAUAAGAUUUGUGCUGUUGAAUAAUUGUUAUAUAUUGUAAUUUGCUUUGCUCAUUGAAAACCUUUACUGGUUCUCUACCAUUCAACAUUCCGGUGAGAAUAUACAUAUAUAUAUAUGGAAUUGUUUAUUAUGUACCUACUCUUA